GUGUGUGAUGUGUUGGUGUAGUGUGUUGUGCUAUCAUGGUCAUGUGAAGCUUUAUUACUAGUGUUUGUAUUACAGCCAUUAUGGAAAACUGCAAAGUCUUACUUUUAUUCCUUUGUCUCAUUAGUAAUGGAUACGCACCUAACAUCGUCGAAUCAGCCUCCUUCUUCGGAGCCUCAUACGUGUCCCUGCCCCUGCAGGAGGCCCGCAGCUCGACGGAGAUCAGCCUGCGUCUUAAAACACACCGCGCAGACGCCCUGCUUCUGUUGGCUGCUGGCAACACAGAUUACUGCCUGGUGGUGCUCGAGGGAGGUGCCCUCAGGGUGCGCAUCAACCUGGGAGCGGGAGAGUCUGAGCUCUCCUCACCGCCUCGUCUGCGUCUUGAUGACCUCUUCUGGCACGAGGUCAAGAUCUCCCGCAACACUGCUCAAAUGACCCUAAUCAUCGACAAUAUCCAUACCAGCAGAAUCACGCUGCCUGGGAGAUUCCAUGAGCUCAACAUCCACUAUGGGGUCUUCCUGGGUGGAAUGGGGGACUUCAAUGAAGUCUUCUUAGGUCUGCUGGAUGACUUCCGCGGCUGUAUGGAUCAGGUGACUUAUAAUGGCCUAGAGAUCCUUCGUGAAGCGCAGGAAGACACCAAGACCUCCGAGGUGUAUGGAGUCGAAUGGGAGUGUUCAAGUGAGUUCGAUGCCGCCCCUGAUGUAGCUAUCAGUUUCAUCAAGCCCGGAGCCUAUGUGGCUUUCCAGGAGGCCUAUCCCAGGACGGGCGGAUCUAUCAAGAUGGAGAUUAAGACGCAAUCAGAACACGCAGUACUACUCUACAAUACUGGUCCACCAUCUAGGUCAGAUUUCAUUGCUCUGGAGAUUUACGAAGGUCACCUGCGGCUUCUCCUGGAUAAAGGGAACGGUGCAAUAGGUCUCAAUAGUUCCAUCUACAUCAGCGACGGAGUGUGGCAUAAGGUAGAGGCUCACUUCAAGCCGGCCUACAUGGAGCUGAGCGUCGAUGACCACAUUGAAGACCAGCCAACCCACGUAGGCGAGAAUAAGUUUUUCGACCUCUCGGGUUACCUCUUCGUCGGUGGGGUGGAGGUGAACAAGCAGUCCCGAGCUGUCAGCCAGGGUGCCAAGAAUGGUGAUAAGAGCCUCGAGGGGUGUAUCCAGAACGUCAGUAUAGGGGAGAGAAGUUUGACUAUCAGGGACGCCCAAGUUACGCAGGGCAUCAAGGCAGAGUGCCAUUGGGCGUACCCAUGCCUCAAGAAUCCUUGUGUAGACGGGAGUCGGUGUAUUCAGGAAGGCACCGACGGCUUUAAGUGCGAAUGUGACCUGGCGCUGUGUGUACGACAGAACUUCACCACCGCCUACAAGGUCUUCACUAAGACUACUCUGCCCUUUGAUCUGGAGGUACUGAGGUUGACUCCCAUGGAGGUGCAGGAAGGCGGCCAGGAGCUUGUAACCUCACAACACCUUAACCUUGUACUAGACUACGAGAAGUAUGGUGUGCGAGAGUCCGGUGUAUUGUUCCACGUGAUCACACGUCCCUCCCGAGGCCGCCUUGACGUGCAGAUCUGGCGUCGUCCUGAAGAAACCAUCUUCACUCUGCUCGAUCUCAACAAUGACCGUGUCACCUAUGUCCACGAAGGCUCUGAGACCACCGAGGACUCCAUCGUCCUAGAGUUGGAGCUGGUAACCCGCUCCGGCUAUAUCCUGCCAUCCUACCUCCAGUCUCGUCACCGGUUUGUGUUGCCAGUGCGUGUUAUCGCCAGGAACGACGCUCCAACACUGCAGCUACCACCUGGUAAGGUGUUGAGGUUGGCUGCUGGCACUACCAAAACUCUGACGCCAGAGAUCAUCACAGUCGUUGACAGCGACAGCUCUCCUAGUAAACUCAGAAUAUCAGUUCUGAACCUGAAGGAACGUGAUGGUGGUUAUGUACAGAACUCUAAGUCCCCUGGAAUGCCCAUCCAUUCAUUCACACAGGAACAACUUAACCAAGGGGUUAUUUCGUACGUCCACCGAGGUGAACACAACACCAAGAUAGCUCUCAAGGUCUCAGACGGUAUCGAAACCGGAGAGCCAACCAUACUGAGGGUGGCAGCUUUCGACCUGCAAGUAUACUUAGUAAACAACACAGGACUGAGUAUCAUUCAUGGCAGCUGGGCUCUGAUCACCUCAAUGAACCUUUCUUAUACCACCAAUGCUCCUGAACAAGAUCUGGAAAUUCAGUUUGAUAUCACGGGUUUACCUCGUUAUGGCGUCGUCCAAAGGUUGCGUAGCAACGAUCGCUGGCAAAAUGUGAACCAGUUCAGUAGUCGACAAUUGGAGAAGGACAAGAUCCGCUAUAAACAUAUCUCCAAAGAACCUAAUGAAGACGAAUUUAAAUUCAAAAUAUCUGCUGGUCAACACAUGUUUCCAACAGAGUACACAUUCGGUAUUUCUUUCGUUUCUGUCACAGUUGAUGUUAUAAGAAAUGCUGAACUACUUAUUGACAGAAUCCAGGAGAGUUUUAUCUCUGAAGGUUUUCUUCAGAGUGAAACUAAACCAGAUCCAACCCCUGGAAAAGAUAUUAUAUACCAGAUUAUAUCUCCUCCUUUAUAUGGUUCGAUCUUCUUAAGUUCCGGAGACCUAACGCAGCAUAAGCAAUUAGACAAAGGUUCAAUAUUUAGCCAAGAAGACAUUGCAAAAGGCAGAAUCAAAUACAAACUUCAUCGCAAAAGUUACUCGACUCUUCGUGAUUCCUUUCAGUUUCAAGUUUCUAGCAACGGCCACUCCAGUGAUGUUCAUACCUUCAGUAUAAGACACAACCCUCCACCAGUAGAUGCAAACAUAAUAGUAGAACAUUUAGAUGUUCAGGAGGGCUCCAGAGAGAAAAUUACCGACAAAUAUUUAAAUAUAGAAGUCCGAGGUAUAAACAAUAUUAUUUUUAACGUUACGUCUUGCCCUAGGCAUGGCUCUAUCAACAUCAUAGAUGAAUCGAUAAUCCUUCCAGAUAGAAUAAACACUACCUUCUUUACAUCACAGGAGAUAAAAUCAGGAUCAGUGUUUUAUCAACAUGAUAAUUCAGAAACGACAAAAGAUCGCUUUCAUUUUGUUGCUUUGGCAGAAGAUCCUGAAGUGGAUUUUCAGUAUGUGGGAAUUAUGCACUUUCAGAUCAUCAUGAUUAACGAUAAUUAUCCAAUCAGAAUAAUGGAGAAGGUCCUCAAUGUCGUUACUGAAAGUGAAAGAAUCGUUACUUCCAAUGAUUUACUUUAUAUUGACCCUGACCUAGAUACUCCGUCAUCGCAAAUUCAAUAUACCAGACAAAAAAUCCCCAAUGGAGAUUUUUUCCAUGUGGAAGACAGAUUUGAGCCUUUGUAUUUGUUCACUCAGGAAGAUAUUGACCGAAGGCACAUUGUUUUCCGCCACCGCGGUCCGUCUUAUGGCAAAGCUGUGAUCACUGUUACUGAUGGAGAGCUGUCUUCUAUGGGUAUCUUGGAAAUUGUUGCCUCUGAGCCAUUCAUCGAAAUCGUCAACAAUAGCGGCAUCAUUGUGCCAAGAGGCCAAGAGGUCGUUAUUUCUAACUACAAUCUGAGUGUGGAGACAAAUAUGAAUGCCUGGGGAUCAGCUAUCGUGUUCCAUGUUACCAGUGAGCCUAGAUUCGGCCGUUUGGUGAUAUCUGGCCAAUCCGCCGCCAGUCAUCAGUUCACAGAGGCUGACCUCCAGAAUGGAAACCUUAAGUAUGUUAGCAAAGGAGAGCCUAGUUUCAAGGAUGAAUUCCGCUUUCAGACAAGAAUUGGAGACACCACGACAGACGGCAUCUUCGAAGUGAAGGUAUAUCCAGAAAGUUACUGGGAGCCACUGGUGAUUCUCAAUAACGUUGCACUGAAGGUUGAAGAAGGUUCCAGAGUGAUCAUCGACCAGGCGGCUCUCAAGAUCAUGCACCCUAACAUAGCACCUUCAGACAUCACAUACGUUAUCGUCCAGCGUCCUCAGAAUGGCUACUUGGAUGUUGACUUGGGACAGACCACCACAUCAGAGUACGAAGAUGAAGCCAGUUUGCUCAGACCUGAGGUGAGCGUGUUUGACCAGGCGCUCAUCAAUGAGGGUCGAGUCCAGUACGUAGAAGUGGGUACUAAUGUGACCAACGAUCACUUCGUCUUCGACGCUACCAACGGCAUCUCUAGUCUCUCCCGCCUUAUCUUUAAAAUAGAGGUAAUACCCAAGACGAUUUACCUGUCAGCUGGGAGGCUGGAGGUAGACGAGGGCUCGCAGACAAUCAUCACGGCAUCAGUGGUGACAGUCCUGACGGAGUAUUACACUGAUAAAAUCGCUCAGUACCUAGUGGCUGUGCAGCCGGUGGCAGGCCAGCUUGAGCUCACUUCUAGGCCUCGUGUGAGAGUUGAGGCUUUCACCCCUCUCCAGCUGCACCAGGGACUGAUAUUGUAUGUACACGACGGGUCAGAGCGCCUGUACGACACCUUCAGUCUAGUGGCAGUGUCUGGAGUGCGACAGAGCGCACCAGCAGUAGUUACUGUCUCAGUAAGAGGCAUCAACGACGAGGCGCCCUUCGUAAUCAACAACACGGGACUCACCAUCUGGGAGGGCAACUCAGCUCUCAUCUCCUCCUCCAACUUAGCCGUAGUAGACCCUGACACAUCCCCAGAGAACUUGACCAUAAGAGUGGCCACCCCUGACUCCGGGUUCCUGGCGCUUUCAUCUAAUCUUACCCAACCAGUGUCCUCCUUCACCCAGGCCGAUGUCAAUGAAGGUCGAAUCUUCUUCAUCCAUACAGGUGGAUUGUCUGGUAUGUUCCGGUGGGAGGCGAGUGACCAGGUUCGUGAUACGGGAUCCCAUGUCUUCACAAUCGCUGCAAAGGAACUGCAUCUCUCUCUACACCAUAACAAGGAGCUGUGGGUGUUCCCCAUGAUGCAACAACCCAUUACUCCGGCUGUUCUGCUUACUCACACCAAUGACUAUGAUCCCAACCGUUCUGUGGUCUAUAUUGUGCGUCAGCCUCCUUUACUAGGCCAGCUACUGCUAGAGGAGGCGGGUGUUAGAAUACCUGUUGAUAAUUUUACCCAAAGGCACAUCAAUGAAUCCCGUAUUGUGUUUGAGCACAGUAAACCCUUUUCAGAGCUUUCUGCUAGUGAUCUAUUUGUGUUUGAUGUGGAAACGCCAUUUGCAGAACCAUUAAAAGACCAAGAAUUUCACGUGGAGGUGUCUGUGGCUAGUCCAGGAGGGGGAGGUUUGGAGAGGUACCUAGGACUUGCACCUCUGGUGGUAGCUGAAGGAGGACAAGCCACUCUGCGCCCUGAUAAUCUCAAUCUCUCUGCAGUGGUGGAAUUUAUCGAGGGUUAUCCUGUUGCUGUGGGCAUGGAACGACCCUCACCAAGACUAGUGACUACUGUGACUGUCAUCCCAGCUCAUGGCGUGUUCUCUUUACGAAAGAGAAACCUUACAGAAGGUUAUACCUUCACAGCUAGAGAUGUAGAGAAAGGUCGUGUUAAAUACGAUCAUGACCAUAGUGAUACACUCUCAGAUGUGUUAGGGUUUACUGUUUCGUUGGCUGGUAAUGGAUCUUCUCCUGAUGUCCUUUUAUUCAAUGGUACUCUGAAUGUCAGUGUGACGCCUGUGAAUGACCAGCCAUUCACACUGGAGACUGCAGCACCUGUUCUGCAAGUGGUGCAUCGGCAAAACGCUGUCAUUACCAACGAGAGCCUCUUGACCACUGAUCCUGACAACAUACCUAGUGAGAUUGUGUACGAGUUAAUGAGUACUCCUGAUCAUGGACAACUAGUCUUGGCUCACAAUUACAGUGCAACCGUUCAGUCGUUCUCUCAGCAUGAUGUGAACACAGGUCGCAUUUUGUAUGCUCAUGAUGGCACUAAUGGUUCAGCCAGGUUUUCUUUCAAAGUGUCUGAUGGAAAGCACAAAGUAAAAUAUUCUGUGUUCACAAUUGAGGUUCAGCCAUUGACGCUUGAACUAGUUAACCACUCCGUCAUACCAUUAAGACAGACUACAACUGUUGUCUAUCUUUCACCUCAUUAUCUUGCUGCAGUGACCAAUGGAAAUCAUAACCACAUUUUCUACAACGUCACCAGACCUCCUAGGUUUGGUCGUUUGUACUUGAAUGAUCAAGUGGUACAUACAUUUGGGCAGGUGAACGUGGAUAAGGGUGAAGUUCUUUAUAUGCAAAUGGAGCUGAGUGAGCCUGCUGAUAACUUCAGAGUAGAUAUAUGGACGUGGGAGGCUACAGUGCAAGAUGUGGAGGUUCGUGUUGUUGUUUUACCAUUAGUGGAGUCUAAGCGACUUAUAGCAGCAGUAGGAGGUCGUACACGACUCUCUCUCGAGCAUCUCGAUGCUUCGCAGCUUGCUAUCACAACUGGAAGUAAUCCUGUAUAUAAGGUCAAAAGGCGUCCCCGUUUUGGUCGAAUAAAAAAAGUGAGCAGGCGAUUACGGAGAUCAGUUCGCUCACACGAAGUUCAUGAGUUCACUCACGAAGAAAUUAGAGCUGGUUUAAUAUAUUACAUUGCCAGAAAUCUUAAUGUUAAAGCUGAUGAACCUUUGCAUGAUGCACUUCACUAUGUACUGCAGGUUCCUGCACCUGGGGUACAGCCCGCUGAAGGAACCUUACAUCUCACAUUAGUAGAGGCAGGAGCAGUCAUUGAUGAGGGAGCAGUGCCUCCCAGGCACUUACGACCAGAUCUCUUUCCACCUUCUAUCCGUGGCAGUGCAGAGUCCAGCACUCCUGGGUCUGGGAGCUUUGGCUUGUUCCUGGGUAUACCCAAAGAAUAUUUAAUUAUGAUGUUAGCAGCAGUUGUUGUUGUAGUGGUUAUUGUUGUUAUAAUCUUUGUGGUACAGUGUGCUACAAGACGUCGGCCCUCUGACAAGACAAGUGACACAGGAAUUGAUGCUGAUGUAGCAUCCUUGCCGCCACCUCUUCCAUCAGAUUCUAGACCUAAUUCAUUCAUGUCCGAUGACCUAUUAGAGCUUGAAUGUCGACCCCCAGAUUUGUCAUUGUCUCCCAGGCCUGGGCAGAACCACCUGCACCAUCACCACCACCACCACCACAAUGGUGGCAGUGGUGGGCUGGGUCUGGCAGCCCACCUCACAGACUCUGAGGCCUCAUGGCCCCAUGAUGCCUCGCGUGAGGUGUCACCAGCAGUGCCUCAGUGUAAGGUGACGCCCCUGUGUACAGAUACAGCGGCUCGUGAUCCUACUUACGACCCUCUUCUAGCUGGCUAUCCCUACGGAGUGGACUCUCAAGAGGCUGAGGAAUGGGGAGUCUAUGAGAAGCACCAGCCCAGGACCACUAACCCAAUGCUCAGGAAGAACCAGUACUGGGUAUAGAAAUCAGCAGUACCUCUGUUAGUCGUGUAAACCGAUCUGAACAUUUACGAAGGGACAAAAUUUUCACUGCAAGAUAAUCCAAGAUUGUGGAAGUGUCAAAAUAACUGAAGCAACAAAUAUUAUAUUGCACAAAACUGAGUCAGAUUCCAUUAAGCAUUGCCAGCUGCUGCUGUACAAUGUUUACAACCGUGUUUUAAGAACCUGCUUAAAUAUGUACUAAUAAUAAUUCACUAAGUGGAUUCACAUAUCACUGUAUUUGAUGGGUUUCAUAAAUGCAUGUAUUUACUGAAAAAAAAAAUCGAAAUUACAGAUUAUUCGUAAAUGGAAGAAAUCAUUUUAAACAGUUAAAU